AUCAAUUUAAAAACAGACUGAAUUAAAUAUCUUUUAAGUGAUAAUGAUAACGAUAGGAGUGCAACAUGUUUAUCAAUUGAUAAUUUAAUGGAUAUUGGUCACAGUCGGCUGCUGAAGUUCCUAUUGAAAGAACCAAAAAUGGAGAAGCACACCCUUAAAAUAGAAAACCUACGGCCAACGGACAUCGAAAGCGAAGUACCAAGGCAUCAGAAACUACGAGAAGCUUUGGAACCAACCGUUGAAACCAAGGAGCCGAGACUCGAAACAGUUCAAAACGUAAGUGAUGGAAAACUAACCUUAAAACAAGGGGAUACGGUCGAAACUUACGCGCCCGUCAUUAUGGUCAAAACUGUGGAAUCUAAAUUCGGUAAAGAAGGUUUAAGGUUCCAGAAAAAGACAGUGACAGAGGAUAUCUCUGUCCAGUUCCAACACUUGUUUAAGAAAGAGGUGAAACCGGCGAAGACUGUGGUUACACAGAUUCAGCGGUUUGAGUAUAAAUAUUGAUGAAUAAAGAGUGAAA